CUUGGGCGGGAUUACCAAUACCAAGAUCUUGAACUGCUUCAGUUCAGAUGUAUUUGCUGGGAUGUGACCGCCAUUAUUUCUGUCUUUCAUGGUACCAAGGGGGCGGUUUGGUUCGUGGGUUCCGACCUGAGAUUAGCCGACGUUCGAAUCCUGCUCCCUCCACCUCCUCCCCGCUUACCGUGGCAAGGAUAACCCGGCUGGCUAUCGACAACAACCACCCGCCUGUGCCGUCGAGCCCACACUUGUUGGGAACUUCGUCUCCAUGGCUACAAACGACCGACAGCUCCGCUGUUUGGACACAGGCCCCUCUCGAUGAAGAGCCGUCAACUGCCGUCAGACGAAUCCUCCGUGCGCCUGAAGGCACGGGGUCGCGUCAGUGA